AUGAGCCGCAGUGGCGAAUCUUGUCGCCGCCUGCCUUCGGUGCCCCUGUGGAGGCGCUUGCUGCCUUUAUUGGGGGGCUUCAUUGUAUACGUGGUUCUGGGGUGUCUAUACAGCUUGGGCUGUCUUGUUCCCCUUCUGAGCUCAUACCUCAGAUAUAAGGGACAGCCAGAUAUGCGGCACUCCGCGCUAGGAUGGCUCUUCACAGCAGGCGGGCCAGCUGCGCCUGCUGGGUACGCAAGCAUUGCAGAAACAGAAAUCGCACGAGUAGGAGCAGCUGGAGCGAGCUCCCUUGCAAGGGCGGGGAUGGAAGGGGCUGGAAAUUUACAUGCCUCAGCUGGCGAAGGACCCUUAUCCUUUUGCAGCAAAGCGGAAUCUGCAGGCGCGCGCAAGACACAGGAGGAGCUGCAACUGCUGCCAACGUACAAAAGUGGAAGCAGUACUGCAGGCCUCUUCAGCCUGUGGCUCGUGUACGUCCUGCUCGGCCUCUCCGUGCAUCUCACCGGCAUCUUUUGGGAGGCUACAGCAGCAGCACUGGUACAUCCUGACUGCACUACGGAUCCCGAAGCUGCAGCAUUGGCUGCAGCAAGCCAGCAACAGCAGAAGCAGCAACAACAGCUAGGCACCCUAGAAGUUACCUCGAUGGGGAAUGGACUCAUCGCUGCCGCAAAUCUUCUCGGAAGAAUCAUGUGGGGGCUUCUUUCGGAUGUGUGCAGCGCAGCCACUGCAGUGGUUAUUGCGGAAGUUGCCAAUCCCGAUGAUUUCAGUUAUCUCUACACGCUGGCCUACACUUCUAAACCCGCAAGUGCCUGCCUCUCCUCCCUCCUCCUGACCCUCCUCUACCCCAGCGUGGGCCUUAGUGGCUGCACAGCAUUAGCAGCGAUCUCUGCCUCCCUCGCCCUUCUCCUGUGCUCCUACGUCCCUAAAGGGAUGUAUAGGGGUAUUGCGCUGUAG